AUGGUCCAUGUCAGCUCUGGCUAUAUGUUCGAAGUCAAUUUCCAGCUAGAACACAAGCACCGCGGCUAUUGGCAUUAUGUGCAGCCUGUCAGGCCUUCAGGUGUGGUUUUGGGGUCGAUCAGAUCCCAGUGGUGUUCAUUUGCUACUGGUCGAGAGAUUGUGCAAAAGCCAGCUGCACUAAGUACCCCGGAUCAUGAUCCUGGUAUAGAGGUGAAUCAUUUUGCAGAUCACGACGCCUAUGGAGACAUUCCCGGCACAGCGAUAGAUGGUCCGCCCUCCCAUCUCACUUCCCCAACAUGUGAUUCCACAACGAUCUCCGUCCCCAGACUCGUGCUGGCAUUUAACGCUACGUCUCGCAAUGCUGUCGACCUUUUUCGAAAUGGCUGGAUCCAAGGCAUACAGUCACACAUCUUUCAAACUACAUGCUGUUUUGUAUGUUCGAGGCGCAGGGUCAUGUACUUCAUCGCUUACAUCGUGACGGUUGAAGCUUUAUGAUCUCAAUGCGAUCUCAGUACCAUUAAAAGACACCAGGGAGCUCGCUAUGAACCGAUGAGGAGCCAGCUUGAACGACAUCACUCAUCCCAGCAGGGACCAGCAAUGGGGGAAGAGUCGAAGGAGGGCUGAGUCAAACGGUAGCACACACUGCGACUCUUGAGGCUGCAAGAAGUUGUCCAUUAAUAUUGUGCUCAUGAGUGGAUAUUCAAGGGUUUUUGAGGCGGAUUCCAUCGUAGCUC